AUGUCGUGCUGUUCAAAAAAAAAAAAAGAUACAAAAACCCAAAGAAAAGAUUAUUUAAAUUAUAAAGAAAAAAAUGAUAAUGAAGUAGUUGCAAUAUGUGAUGAUCAGGCAUCCAUCAUUAAUAUUAUAAAAAAAGGAAAUGAAUGUAAUUCUGAAUUAAAUAAUAAAAAGGGUAGUACAAUUAAAAAAGAGAUUGUUAAGAAAUCAAAUUUACUAAACUAUUAUGAAAAAAAUGUUUUAAAAGGUUAUUCCAAAAUAAAAAGUUGUGAAGAUGUCGAGAAAAAAAUUAAUGCUUUAAAAUUAAAAAAUGAAAUAAAAAAAGCUAAAGAAAAAGAUAUACAUAUAGAUCAAAAUGACGAUACUAAAGAAAAGAAUAAAUUAGAAGAGUUCUCAAAAUUAAAUUCAGAAAAUAAAUCUAAAAUACUAAAUGAAAUAGAAAAUCAAAUUAAUGAAGAUAAAAAAUAUGAAAUUUCUAAUAUCCAUGAUGAGUUAGCAUUUCUAAGUAUAUAUAAAUUAACUCAUAAAAAAGUAUAUGCUAUAUUAGAUCAAGAAAAAAAUCAUGUGGAUUAUUAUAAUUGUAAUGAAGUUUUAGAAAUGGUUUUAAACAAUAAAUUACACAAGCACAGCUUAAUAAAAAUGAAAACAGAAGACCAAUUUGUUUAUUUAGAAAAUAAAAUAAAAGAGAUUCAAUUUUUAAAAAAUUUUGAAUUACAAUAUUAUUUAAAAAUAAAAAAUAAAAGAUUUUCUAUGAAAUCUGAAUAUGAAAAAGAAUAUAGUAAAAACGAUACAAUGUUUUUAGAAUUAAGUGAAUCACUAUUAGGUGAAAAAAUAAAAUCCUUAAAAAAUUUUGUUAUAUCGCCUUAUGAUAAAAAUGUUGUUGAAAUAAUUUUAAUUCCAAAUAAAAAGAAUAGUGAAAAUUUUGGUGGAUAUCAUAGAAUAUUUUCUAAUUUAUUUAUAACGAAAUAUAUUUCAUCAUAUUUUUAUCAUAUAAUUGAAAAAAAAAUUGAAAAACAUAAUUUAAUGAAAAAAACAAAUAAUAUUCAUAUACGAAUGAAAUUAAAGACAAAUUAUCCACAAGCAAUAAAAAAUAUUUUUAAAUAUAUAUAUGAUAAACAUUUUAGAUUACAAGAUCUUGAUUUUAAAUUAUUAAUAACUAUUUAUAUAGAAUGUAAAAAAUUUAAAAUAGUUGGUAUUAUAGAUGAUGUUAUAAAUACAAUUAGAGAAAAAACAAAUUUUGAAAAUAUUUUAAAAAUAUUAGAAAUAUCUGCAAUUUUUAAAGAAACGGAAAUGAUAAGAGAUUUCACUCGUAUCUUGUCUGAUUCUUGGUAUCUAAUUUUUUCAGAAAAUUAUCACUACUUACUAGAUGCAGAAACAUUUAGUCAUUUUAUCAGCUUCGAUAAUAUAAUGAUAAGCGAAAUAAGAAUAUUUAUUGAAGUGAUAAAAUAUAUAAUUAAAAAUAAUUGUAAUUUGGAAGAGCAAGAAAUUAUUUUUAAAAAUGUUAGGUUCAGUUUAUUAAGUCAUGAAAAUUUGUAUAAUAUGCAAAAAUAUAUAAAAAAUUGUUUUGAUGAUAUUAUAAAUAAUAAAUAUGAUGGAACAAAUUUUAUUUGUAUGAGAUAUGAGCAUGAGAAAAUGAAAGACAAAUAUGGUGAUAAUGAUAGUGAAAUAAAAUUUGAUGGUUUGAAGUCUCAAAAAGAAGUAAACGAAAAAAAAGACAAUGAUGUUGACAUAAUAGGUGAUGAAAAAAAUGAUUUAUUUAAUGUAUCUCUUUAUGAAGAAGUUAAAAAUUUAAAUGAAUUUUACAAAAUAAUAAAUAUGGAAGCUUUUGAACCCCCUUAUAUUGAAAAAAAAAAUGUAAAUAUAUCCUUGAAAAAUGUAACAAAAUGUAUAAAUAAUAUUUAUAGUAUAUUAUUUGAUCAUAUUUUUAAAAAAUUAUUAAAUAAAGAUGAAGUAAAAGAAAGAUAUAAACCAUGGAAUGAAAAUAACCAUUUUCAAUGUGUAAACAAUUUAGCUAAUGAAAAUUAUUCCUUCCAAUUAGUUAAAAAAAAAGGUAAAGUAGAUAAAUAUUCCUUUACAUAUGGGGAUGAACGAUUAAUAAAUGAAUGUAGAUACUGUUUUAAAAUAAUAAAAAGUAAAAAUAGUAAUAUAUCUAUUGGUGUUAUAUUAAAAGUUAGAGAGUUAAAUAUGUCAAAUCAUACAAAUUUUAAAAUACCUAAAAUAUUAACUGAAGGUAAUGAAGAGUUAGCGAUUUAUUUUGAUUUUUUUGUCAACGAUUUUUAUGUUUGUAAUAUAAAUGAAAAUGAUAAUUCAAAAUUAUUGAAUAAAACAAAAUUGAAUAUACAUGCACAUGAAAAUAAACUAACCGAAAAUGAUAUAAUUAAUUAUAAUAUUUCGGUUAUCAAUCAAAUUCUUAAUAUAGACAUAACAAUAUUACCAAAAAAUAUCACUUUUAAAUAUUCUUUUCCUAUUCUACAACCAACUACAUACUUAGGAGAAAUAAUAAAAAUGCCAUUUAUUAAUAUAAAACCCUUUUUUAUAUUUAAAGAUUCAUUAGAUUCAAUUCUUAUGCCAUCUAUCAAAAUUUAA